UUAUAGUGCGCAUGCGCGUGGGUUAACGGGACACGUCAGGACGGAGCAGGGUUCGGUGGAAGCUGCACGAGCUGCUAGAAUUCAACUCAGAAAAAAAAUGGCGAAUUCUGUGAUUUCUGUGAUUUCCAAGUUUAUAGAGGAGUACGCUAGUAGCACGUCGGCUAAACUGAAGCUAGUAGACGCGUAUUUGCUGUACAUCCUGCUCACAGGCGCUUUCCAGUUUCUUUAUUGCCUGCUGGUUGGUACAUUUCCGUUUAACAGCUUCCUGUCCGGCUUCAUUUCCUGUGUGGGAUCCUUCAUCCUUGCAGUUUGUCUGCGUAUCCAGAUCAAUCCUCAGAACAAAGCAGAGUUCUUAUCCAUCUCACCGGAAAGAGCCUUCGCCGACUUCCUUUUCGCCCACACCGUGCUCCACCUGGUUGUCAUCAACUUCGUCGGUUGAAAGGAUGCCCUUGUGAAUGUGAAGUACAUGAUUGACUGAAGACUGAAGACCUUUCACCUCUAACAAACGAUAAUAAAAAAUGAAACACAACACAUUACACCUGCUCUCUUGAUGUGAUGGUUCAGUAACACAUCAUGCCACAUUUCCAAAUCACCCAGUGUGACAGUGCCUCCCUGAACAGAUCAUUCAGAAAAUCUUAGACUUGAUUUAGUUAUUUCUUAGUGGGAAGUUUAAAGGUAGGCUCUAUUUUUUCUUUUUUUUUUUCUUUUUGCAGAAUCAGCCAUACCCAAGCAUUUAGUAAUCGAUACUCUGUCACCUGGUUGGACAACUCUUUUGUACUUGUUGAUCUUUACAAAUAAAUAAUAUGAAACAAAUGA